AUGGCUACAUUCGAUAGAUACUUAAUAUCAUCACGAAAAGUUCGUUUGAGACAUAUGAGUACAGUAAGAAAACGAACAAAACAAGUUAUUCUAUUUGUAAUUAUUCUUAAUAGUAUUCAUAGUAUUCCAAUAGGAUUUUAUUUUGAUGUUUCACAUAAAAAUCUAUGUAUGAUUGAAUCAAAAACAUUUUUAUAUUAUUAUUUAUGGACAUUUCAAAUACUUCUUCAUAGUAUAAUACCAAUUCUAUUUCUUACAAUAUUUGGUACAUUAACAUAUAGACAAUUAAAAAAAAUCAAACGAACAAAACGAAAAGGAAUAUUAAGUAGUGAUAAAAGAUUAUCCCGUAUGUUAUUAUUAAUGUCAGUUGCUAUAGUUUUAUCAUCAAUACCAUAUUGUAUUGAACAUAUUUAUUAUAUGAUGAUACCUAAUGCUCAUUCAAAACAAACAUCAUUUACAUUUCUUUAUCAUGUUAUUACUUCAAUAUUAUUUUAUGUAAACCCUGUAACAAGUUUUUACAUUUUUUUUAUUUCAACACCAAAUUUUCGUAGACAAGUACGAAGAUUAAUUUUUUGGAAAAGACCUAUUUAUCAUUAUGAUAAUGAGGCAUUUACUAUGAUAACUGCUUAA